ACCAUAGUAAGAGACCAUCCACAAUUCAAACUACUGAAUAUGUCCGGUGCCUCUAAUUCUGUUGACGGUAUGGAUCAGAGACCAUUGCGACGCACCUACCCGACGACGAAAGAAGUGGCAUUUGCCAUACGUACAAAUGUCGCUUACAAAAGCAAUAUGGAUGACGACUGUCCAGUACAAGGUCGUUCAAUCUCAUUUAAGACUCAACAAUUUUUACAUAUCAAGGAAAAGUAUGAUAACAACUGGUGGAUAGGUCGUCUGGUGAAGGAGGGUUCUGAUCUGGGUUAUAUACCAUCCCCUACCAAAAUUGAAAUCAUGCGUAUGAUUGAUCAAUCACCAGGUUCAAUCAAAAAUUCGACAUCUUCAAACUUGGAUGGUAGUCCUACUGGGGGAAGUGGUCUAACAAUUCCAACUGUAAAAGUUAAAAGAAACAUUUUUUCCAAGAAACAAGAUAUUUCAUUCUCACCUUACGAUGUUGUUCCUUCGAUGAGACCAAUCGUGAUUGUCGGACCAUCUUUAAAGGGAUAUGAAGUGACUGAUAUGUUGCAAAAAGCUUUAUUCAACUUUUUGAAACAUCAUUUUGAAGGAAGAAUCAUUAUUACUCGCGUAAUAGAGGAUAUAUCCUUGGCUAGAAAGUCCGUCUAUAAUAAUUCGUCGAAAACAUAUAAACUUGGAUCGCAAUCGCAUGUAUUAGCUUGUGUGGAACAGGAAGUUGAACGGAUUUUUAAACUUGCUCAAACAUUACAACUUGUUGUUUUGGAUUGUGAUACCAUUAAUUAUCCAUCGCAAUUAGCAAAAACGUCUUUGGCGCCAAUCAUAAUAUACUUAAAAGUCUCACCAGAAAUACUACUAAAGUUAAUUAAAAAGCGAGAUAAGUCACAAUAUCGACAUCUCCCUGUUCAAAUGUUGGCAUCUGAAAAGUUGGCUCAAUGUUCACCAAAAUUGUUUGACGUAAUACUAGAUGAAAGUCGGUUAGAAGACGCAUGUGACCAUAUGGCUAGGUUCUUGGAGUCUUAUUGGCGAGCAACACAUCCAUUCGAAACCCAGACCUCUACUAAGCAGCAAAUAUUUACGAGACCGAUUGAAAAAUUGCCAAAUACGUUAUCCACGUUAAUGCCGAAGAUGAACAAUUGCUCUCUGUCAGAGUAUAUACCAAUGGCCCAGAGAUCCUGUGAGCGUAGUGGAUACGACGGUUUUCCGCAUCAUGAUCAAAAAAGAAAGGAGAAUGAUGCGUCACUUACAGCCGCCGCCGCGUAUAAGCCGUGUGAUCGAGAAAUGCAGCGACAGAGUUACCGCGAUAGCGUAGGCCAGCACCACGACCGCCAGCUACUGCUGCGGCCGUUUGAUGUCAAUCGUUCUCGGCCGCAACGCGAUUUCGAAGAUCGGCACAGUGACGAUCGCGGUGGCCUGCUACAUCAAAGCCGUGUCCCGCCGCCGCGUUGUCACGAAACUCGGCACAUUGGUAUCGCGCAUCAGCUGCAGCGUCAGGAUGAAUCCUAUCCGCGUCGGCUCGAGCAGCAAAAUCGCGAUCAACAGCCGAAGCAGGAUCAACGCGAUAAAACGAAACGGCGUGAGCGACACGUGACAUUCGCUUUUUCUCACUUACACCGUGAUAACGAGUAGACGGACAACCGUGUACCAGGCACGACUGUGACGGUUUUGUCUGGUGGCCAGUAUAGGUAGUUACUGUAGUUAGUCAUUUGUGUCAAAUACGAUCGAUUCCUCCCCCCCCCUUAGCGUUUGACCGUAUCUGACUGUGGAUAAUCGAUGUUUUAGUUGAAAACUAUUUUUUAUUUGAUUACUUUUUUGCAUCUUCCGCCCCCGCAUUUAUGAGAUGCUUCUUAGGCGUGUGCGUUCUAGCGCUUUUUCCGUUUCUCGACUCCCUUAAAGAUUACGGUCUUUAGUGUGUGUUUUAGAUCGUAUUUCAUAAAACAACUUUCGUUUAUUUCGCGGUGUCAAUUCUAGUGUUCACGACAUUAAUCAUCGUUUCUUCUAGGAUUCCUGAGUAUUCUUUGUUAUCAGAUAAUAUUGAUAUAUUUAUCGUCAGUAUUGCGCAGGUAAUAUAUCAAUUUUUCAUCCAUUUAUCUUUAGGUACUCUCAAUCGAUUUGUUUUCGUAUUAUGUCUAUGAGUUCUUGGAUACUUGCUUUAAAUAUUUUGGGUGAAAGAAUGCAUCUCUAAAUUACUGAUUUUCUUAUAAAAAUACAAAAGAUUCUUUCUUAUUUAUUACUUCUACUGUUAUAAGUUGUGACAGCUGUUACAUUUUUUUAUAGUUCGUAAAACAACUUCUUUAUUAUCUAU